CUGUCAGAGCCGGGGCCGCGGGGUGGCGCCCCCUGUCGGCGGUGCGCUGCAGCGCAGCUCCUCCCUCUGCUCGGGGACACCUGCUCCAUUUUGACACCGACACCGGCGGAGCAGCAGCGGCCCGACGCGUCUGAAGCGGCCGGCGGACACACACGCUCCUCGGGGAGAGUCGCUGUGAGUCGCGGGGCUCGGGGCUCGGGGCUCGGCCUGAAGCAGCUCGCUUGUCGGCUGGAGACGCACCAGUGAGGAUUUAACCUUCUUCUCCGGAGAAUCUCUCCAUUGAGCAGAGGAGGAAGAGGAGGAGGAGGAAGAGGAGGAGGAGGAAGAGGAGGCUCAGGUUCAGCAUGCUGCAGUGAGCAUGCUCCGGCUGCUGAUCGUGACCAUGGCCAUCUUGGGGGGGGGCCAGACGUGUGGCGGUCAGGACAACUGCUCGGCCAACAGCGAGUCCAAAGAUUACUGCUACUCUGCUCGAAUCCGCAGCACGGUGCUGCAGGGCCUGUCGUUCGGGGGCGUGCCCACCGUGCUCGCCCUGGACUUCAUGUGCUUCCUGGUGCUGCUCUUUGUCUUCUCUAUUCUGCGGAAGGUUGCGUGGGACUAUGGCCGCCUGGCGCUGGUCACCGACGCCGACAGACUAAAGAAGCGUUUCAGCGACGUGGAGGAACGGGAAUAUGUUGCCUCGGCAAUGCACUCUGAAACGCCCGACCGCUACGAGCGCCUCACGUCCGUCUCCAGCUCCGUGGACUUCGACCAGAGAGACAACGGCUUCUGCUCGUGGCUGACGGCCAUCUUCAGAAUAAAGGAUGAAGAGAUCAGAGAGAAAUGUGGGGAGGAUGCAGUUCACUACCUUUCCUUCCAGCGCCACAUCAUCGGCCUGCUGGUCGUAGUCGGAGUCCUCUCUGUCGGAAUCGUCCUGCCCGUCAACUUCUCUGGAGACCUGCUGGAAAACAACGCCUACAGCUUCGGACGCACCACGAUAGCCAACCUUCAGUCUGGGACGAAUCUGCUGUGGCUCCACACCACGUUCGCCUUCAUGUAUCUGCUCCUGACCGUCUACAGCAUGAGGAGACACACGUCCAAGAUGCACUACAAGGAGGACGACCUGGUGAAACGAACUUUAUUCAUUAACUGCAUCUCUAAAUACGCUGAGGAGAGUCAGAUCAAGCAGCACUUUGAACAGGCCUAUGAGAACUGCACCGUGCUGGAGGCUCGCAUCUGCUACAACGUGGCCAAGCUGAUGUCUCUGAAUGCAGAGAGGAAGAAGACGGAGCGCAGUAAGAAGUUCUUCACCGACCUGAUGGCCAAGGAACACGUUCCCACCAUGAUCAACCCCAAGCCCUGUGGACACCUGUGCUGCUGCGCCAUCACCGGCUGCGAGGAGGAGGAGGCGGUGAGCUUCUACACCAAGAGAGAGUCCAAGCUGAAGGAGGAGUACAGGAAGGAGAAGGAGAAGGUCCACACCAAGCCGCUGGGCAUGGCCUUCGUCACCUUCCAGAACGAGUCCAUGACCUCCAUUAUUUUGAAAGAUUUUAACGCGUGUCAAGUUCAGGGAUGUCGGUGUCACCAGGAGCCGCGCUCCUCCCAGCUCAGCGAGGUUCUCCACGUUCACAACUGGAGCGUUUCAUACGCACCUGACCCGCAGAACGUCCGCUGGGAACAUCUGUCGCUGGGUGGGAUCUCCUGGUGGAUCCGCUGCUUCAUCAUCAACUGCAUCCUCUUCCUCCUGCUCUUCUUCCUCACCACACCUGCCAUCAUCAUCUCCACAAUGGACAAGUUCAACGUCACCAAACCCGUCGAGUAUCUAAACAAUCCCAUCGUCACUCAGUUCUUCCCGACUCUGCUUCUCUGGGCGUUCUCUGCUCUGCUGCCGACCAUCGUCUAUUACUCUGCGUUCUUCGAGGCUCACUGGACCAGGUCUGGAGAAAACAGGACAACGAUGCACAAGUGUUACACCUUCCUGAUCUUCAUGGUGCUGCUGCUUCCUUCUCUGGGCCUCAGCAGUCUGGAUGUCUUCUUCCGAUGGCUCUUCGAUAGAAAGUUCCUGGCUGAUGCUAAAGUCCGAUUUGAGUGCGUCUUCCUGCCGGAUAACGGAGCUUUCUUCGUGAAUUAUGUCAUCGCCUCUGCGUUCAUCGGAAACGCCAUGGACCUGCUGAGGAUCCCGGGUCUGCUCAUGUACAUGAUCCGGCUCUGCCUGGCUCGCUCGGCCGCCGACCGCCGCAACGUCAAGAGGCACCAGGCCUAUGAGUUCCAGUUCGGAGUGGCUUACGCCUGGAUGAUGAACGUCUUCACGGUGGUGAUGGCCUACAGCAUCACCUGCCCCAUCAUCGUCCCCUUCGGUCUGAUGUACAUGCUGCUGAAACACCUGGUGGACCGAUACAACAUGUACUACGCCUACCUGCCGUCCAAACUGGACAAGAAGAUCCACUCGGGAGCCGUCACCCAGGUGGUGGCUGCCCCCAUCCUCUGCCUCUUCUGGCUGCUCUUCUUCUCCACUGUGCGCACAGGUUUUGAGACAGCGACCUCCAUGUUCACUCUGGUGGUGCUGAUCGUCACCAUCGUGGUCUCUCUGUCCCACAUCUGUUUCGGACACUUCAAGUACCUCAGUGCUCACAACUACAAGAUCGACACCAAGGAGGCUGACGUGGCCACUGUUGAGAACGGACGUCCAGCUCGUCCCACGUCCUCGCCCGUCACCAAAUCUCAGCAGCAGCAGCAGCAGCAGCAGCAGCAGAUGUACAUCGCCCAGGUGCUGCAGGACCCAAACUCGGACGAGCCAGGGGGGGGCAGCGGCGAGGAGGACCGCGGGUCGUCCCAGGACGAGGAGCUGCUGAACGGAGGACACAGCAUCAACGAGGCGGAUUUCCAGUCAGGGGAGGACAGUCUGAUAGCCAACGAGGUCCGCCAGUAGCUGGAGGUGGAACCAAAGGGAGCCGGCGGAGCUAGCUGAGUCCUCAACCACACAACAUGUGGAGAAUUGAUGUGAAUCACUACACAUACGCAGAUAAACAAAAAGACAGACACAGUUAGCUCCACCCCCUCCCUGCUCGAAGACUUGACCCUGAUCUUUGACGCCGGCGCUGGGUCGCCAGUAUCCAGUCCUGCUUGUCUGUGGAAACUUGGUGGACAUCAAACUGUUUCGCAGGAAGUCACUGUACAUAACCACAAAGCCAAAAGUUUUUUUAUUUUGUUUUGAGACUGGGUUUAAGAUGUUGUGCCUGGGCUGGACUUUGUUUGUUCGUCCUCGUGUCGUGACUCAUCACCCCCCCCCCCCCCCCCUCGGACUGGUAAACGCCACCAUCUAUUUCUGCUGUUGCCGUCCUCCGGUAUCGGAGAGCUAAUAAUUCACCAAUCUCUCGUAGUGGUAGAAGCUUUGCUCAUGCAGACGCAUCGCGGCCUCCUCUCCCUUUUCUCUUUCUCCUCUUUCUGAUCCUGGAACCCGUCGGUUCUGGAUUCUGCUCGAACAUUCAACUCAUCACCUGGAAGUUUAGGAUUUUUUUUGAUCUGCCAAGCUUGUGCUGCAUGUUUCAGACUGCGUUGAAGACAUCGCCACCAAGCGAUGUCGUCCAUCACAGGACUGUAGUGAAAGCACCUGAUCUCCAGUCAGUCCCAGCAGCACCCCCCCCCCCCCCCCAGCUUCUGGCUUCAGUUGGACGACUUCUCAGCCAUCGAACAACUGGAUUCAACACAAGGAUUCCUUCCUUCCUCAGUUUUGACUUCACCUGACCUACCUUAACUAAUGAAUACAAGACAAAGGGAACGGGAUGUCUGUGUCUGUGUAGGUUCAGCCAUCACGACUCUUCAUUGACGGCAGAACUUUGUGAAGACGCUCUGUUGUGUCCAGGUCUCAACCAGCCGGUGGAUCCUCAGCGCCUGAAGCUGUGAGGAAGGACUCUCAAGGGAUACGUUUGUGUGUGUGUGUGUGUGUGUGUGUGUGUGUGUGUGUAUGUGUGUGUCCAGUAGCUAAUCGUACACCAGCCUUCAGAAUCAAAGGUUCAUCACCAUGUAACCAAAACACCACGUUAGGCUAACACUAACCAUGUUUGACCCUUAAAGUCACUUGAUGUUGAGUCUUUUCACCUUUUGGUCCAGGACGUCUUAGCCUAGCAUAGAACAAAAGACCAACCAGGUGCUUGUUGUAUACGUUGUCUCUUCUUGUUAGCAUCUUUCAAAGGCUUCUUCGAUAUUUAGAUUGAAAUAUUAGCGUAUUGGUCCAGUUAGGUUUGCACCCCUGGCUCUAGUCGACAAAAUCCAGUUGUCUCCUGUGUGGAUUUGGUGAGCUAGCUUGCUAGCUACCAAAACCUGGAACACUUGAAUCUGAGACGGAGCAUCUGUGAACAAAGCGUUAGAGCCCAAAAUGGAGAACGUUAUCGUAGCUUAUCAGCUGUGUCAUCACGCUGCGCUAGUGUAAACUUCUCAUAGAUAAAGACAUGACGGACAGUUCACAAACUGUUAAUGAGUUUAACACUGGAGCCAAAGUGCCCCGUUACCGACUGAGCUAACGAGCUAGCUAACUGUCAUUCUACUGCUUUUUCUCUUUUGAUGGAGCUGAACUCACAGUUUCCUGUCUUUGUGCUAAGCUAGGCUAAACAUGUCCUGGACAUAGAUUAGAGAAAUCUGUGACGUAGCUGAAUUUAAUGAGAAAGACACUGAAUUAUCAAACAUGUUCAUCAGAUUGAGAAUUGACUGAACUGUGAUACAGAAUCUUUUGAUUGUUGUCAUCACUUCCAUCAGGCUUCGUCCGAUUGUUCAUGUUUAGUCGAUUGUCUCUUCUCAUGUUCACUUCAUCCUCGUGAUCACAGCUUUCACUCGAUUUCUAUAAAAAGCAUGUUUCUAGUUUCCCCUAAACAAAUUUCUAAUGGACAUCUGUCAUCCAAUCAGCUUCUGGUAUUGGCCUGGUCUUUAUACAGUGAAAAAUGGUUGACGCUCUUCUACUUGCUUCUAACUACACAGUCACACACUCGUGGCUGCUACACCAACCUUUGUUCUUCAGAGCAGUGAAGAACAGGUCAGAUAGGAAUGAACAGUAAUUCAAGUUAUGAAAUGACGACCGUCAAUAAGCCACUUAAAUUAAUAUUAGCUCCACGAUAAGUUCCAUGUGUUUCUUGAAGUUACAGCUAGGACGACUCUGUCAUGGGUAAUGUUGGAAUGGCCGAUGACAUUAGCUUAAACUAUCAAAUAAGUGUAUUAGCUAAUGAUGUGAUGACUCAUAGCCUUAGUUAGUACAGUGGGUACUAAGCUAGUUGUCAGGACAUGCUCUCAUGAAAGACUUAACCCAGUGGCAUCAUGGGAAAUGAACUGGGAUUGAUGUAUCCAUGUCCUCACCUCAGCUUUAACAGUUCUUUUCAAUAGGUAUAAUUCAAGUCCAUUAACUAUGUCCUGUGCUGGAGGUCCUCUUACUGGAAGACGACCUGAUGAUUCAUAUCUGAAUUAAACCCUAGUGGUCAUCUUCAUUAAUGCAGUACGAUUAAAUACAUAAGUAAUGACACAGUCCUUGCGCAAAUGUUUGUGUAGAUUAAAAGCAAGUAUAUGUUUGGAUGGGGGGACAUUAUGGUUGCCUUGACAACAGGAAAAGGAUGCUGACAUGGCGAUGCAACAACCGACAGAAUAACACAAACUACACACAACACUAAGCUUCAGUGCAGCGACGUGCCGACAACGAAAUAGUCUCAGGAUGUUGGUUUUCCUACAAUAAUGUUUACAUCAGUUUUUGUUUCUCAUUUAAAUUUUUGUCAUGUUGUUCUGCUGUGUGUGUGGGUGUGCGUGUGCGUCUGUGUUUGGCGCGUGCGUGUGUGUGUGUGAGUGAGACACAGGGCUGGACUAUGAAAGCUGUAGCCACCAGGACGUUAGUUAGAGUCUGGUGCUACACGCCGGAGAACCUGCAGCGCUUGUGUCCCGAGGAUGUAGAAUUAUUUUGGUUUCCUCUUCACUUCCAGCCGGAGCCUCUCAGGCGCUCCGGCCGUGAUUGUUUGCACGUGACAGUGAAGCUGAUGGAGCGUCACAUUGGAUCUGAGGCCGGAGGUCCAGCAGCUCUCAGUCUGGAGGUUUCAUCUGGAGGUUCAGCUCAGUGAUCAGAAAUCUCUCGUCUGCUGGAGAAUCAGUUUCGAGAUCAUCUUAAAGUUUUCUGACAAUCUUGAAAUCGGACUUAAAUUUGUCCGAACAUUGCUGGAAUGUCCGUUCAGGAGCUGUUCUGAGCUUUUGAUCAUAUCACACGAGCUUCAGCAGCAGAUGGAACAAGCAGUGAAGUGUAGAUGUUUAUUUUUCUGAUAAUUUCAAGGAGGGUGGUUCAUAUCUGAAUGAAGAACACAUAGUAUGGUCAAAAGCUCCUGAACAACUUGUGAGUGAAAUUCGUAAUGAAAGUUCAGGAUCUGUGACUGAAAUCUGAUUCUUGCCAUUUUUUUUUUUAAUAUUCAAAUCGUGUGAGAGCUCAGAUCUGCAGAAGCGAUUCUUCUCUGAAUUCUAAACGAUCUGAGGGAUCUUCUGGUGACUAUGUUCUCUGACCACGAGCCAGAGGUUAUAACACGCUUACAUGCUAACAUGCUAACAUCCGUAGAAAAGAAGUGAUAGAAAGUGAAGAAAACAAAAGUUAAUGUUGGUGUUAGUUCACCUCUGGAGGCAUUGAUAGAUUAGUGGGAUUAGCUAUGUAGCUAUAUACAUGUUUCUACGAGUAAAAAACAUGUAUAUAGUCCCUUUCAACAAAAACCUCCAGAAUUCUUACAACAACCAGAUGCCUGGAGGCCAAAAGAGUCACACUUGAACAUGAUCUGGUUUAGUCCAGUUUGAUCCGGUUCAGUCCGGUUUGAUCAGGUUCAGUCCAGUCUGAUCUGGUUCAGUCCAGUUUUGAUCUGGUUCAGUCCGGUCAGAUCUGUUCAGUCCGGUUUGAUCCGGUUCAGUCCGGUUUGAUCAGGUUCAGUCUGGUUUGUUGUGGUUCAAUCCAGUUUGAUCUGGUUCAGUCCGGUCUGAUCUGGUUCAGUCCGGCUUUGAUCUGGUUCAGUCCGGUCAGAUCUGUUCAAUCCGGUUUGAUCCGGUUCAUUCCUGCCUGAUCUGGUUAAAUCUGGUCUGAUCUGGUUCAGUCUGGUUUGAUCCGGUUAAGUCCUGCCUGAUCCGGUUCAGUAUGGUUUGAUCUGGUUCAAUCCGGUUUGAUCCGGUUCAGUCCGGUUUGAUCCGGGUCAGUCCGGUCUGAUCCGGUUCAGUCUGGUUUGAUCUGGCUCAGUCCGGUUUGAUCCGGGUCAGUCCGGUGUGAUCCGGUUCAGUCUGGUUUGAUCUGGAGCUGAGCUGAAGGUUGAGAGCUGCUGCGUUCACUGACGUCUCGAUGUUAUGACGUGUAAAAAAAGUGUGAUAUUUUUGUAACUGACUGAAGUAUUUGAUACUGAAACAUGUUGGAGAAACGUCGAUAGCUGUGACGAUGCUGUUGUAACAUUUAACUAAAGGUUUUUAAUAAUCAGCCGCUGCUUUUUGCUUUUGGUAGUUUUUUAAAUUGUUGCUGAACUUACUGAAUUGUUUGAAAAUAAGAAUGUGAAGAGCUGAAAGCUACUGAACCUGAGAACAUGUGUAAAAAAUGUGUGUAAAUAUUCAUGGCCUGCACCGUCUCCAUCGGAGAUCAACACAACUCAGCGUCUCGUCGCACCGACUCCGAACUAACGUCUACUGGAUCAUUUCAUGCAUUUAAUUUAUUAAUGUGACACUAUUUAUUUUUACUUUGCUUUCCAGGUUCUAUGUACAGUGAAACGUUUGUCCUAUUUAUGUUACUUGAUCAAUAAAACUUAAUUCAUCUUUCCAGUU